CAGUUUGGACCGGCCGACCACCGGCAGGCAGCCGGCGGGAGGCAGGGGUCGCCCUUGACCAGUCUCUUCUGAGAUGGAGGCAAGCAGCAGCCGGAGCCGGAGCGGAGGCCUCCCCUCGAAGCGGCGCAGUAGCGGCGGCGGCGGCGGCGGAGGCGGGUACGGCCCGACGGCGCAGUCGCUGAGCGACGACACCCUCCGCUCCAUCUUCUCCCGCUUGGAUGACCACUUCGACCUCGUCCACUGCUCCGCCGUCUGCAAGUCAUGGAACACGAUUAUCAGCACAGGCCAUCUGAUGAGAGAUCUAUAUUACAAGAGGAAUCCACAGGCAAGAAGCUCAAGUAUUACGUUUUCAACGAAGAGUUAUUUUGAGGCGCUUGCGAUAAAUGGGCACGCAUCAACUCUCACUAGUGGGUCAGUUGAUGUUCAUCAGUGGAUUGGUCACCCUAUGCGGGCCACCUUGUGCCGUAUGAAGAGUGGUUCAGUCUUAACUGGAAAGGGAGACAAGGUUCUACGACUUUGGUCUGCUGAAAAUUGCAAAUACAUGAAUGAGUACAAUGUUCCAGAUUCUAAAAUGUUAGUUGACUUUGAUUUUGAUGAAAAUAAGAUUGUAGGUUUAACGAGCUCCCAGGUUUGCAUAUGGAAACGCAGUGGACCAAGAAGUAUAUUUCAAUCUUGUGGAGGCACCUUCAGUCAUGGGUUAUGCAUGAGUUAUGCCGAUCCAGAGGUUGUAAUUGGUUGUGAGGAUGGCAGAGCCUUUGUAUAUGAUAUGUACAGCAGGAGCUGCUCAAGCAUUCACCGGCUUCACCCUUCCCCUGUGACAUGUUUGGCACUAACAGAUGAUCAGCUGAUCAUUGGUGGUUCUACAUUUGGAAGUAUAGCUAUUGCAGAUCAUACCUCAGGAGAGAGGUUAGGUCUUUUAAAGUCAGCUUUUACACCUACAGUGAUAAGAUGCCUGUCUUCCAGUGCAAAUUCCCACUUGAUAUUCGCGGGUUCAUCUUCUGGUUAUGCACAUUGCUGGGACUUGAGGACCCUGCGGCCUCUCUGGGAAACAAGAGUUAGCCCAAAUGUCAUCUACAGCGCACAUCAUUUUCCAGGUGAUACUUCAGUGUUGGCAGUUGGUGGUAUUGAUGGUGUCCUUCGCCUGAUAUGCCAGAGAACGGGUGAUACUAUUCGAAGCUUCAUCAUGGAUGCAGGCCAGCCAGCACAAUCCAGCUCCAGGCUGCAAGCUGAAAAGAAGCAUGGCCGUCCAGCAGAAUCCGGCCCCAGGAAGCAAGUUGAAAAGAAGAACGCCCGCGAGAUCGCUCCAGAUGCCCGGUUGGAUAACAUCCCUACAAACCUGCGCCCACAGAUCACCGGCCUUUCGGUGGGCAUGAGGAAAAUCGUGACCACGCAUGGGGAAAACUACAUCCGCGUCUGGAAAUUUCGUUCGUAGAGUUCUUAGAUAUCAAGAAUUCAGAAGCAAGCGACCCUUAACUCGAGUUGUUUGUGAAGUAGACGCAGUGUAUGUUGUAUUUCUCCUGCAUGUAACUAUGUAAGACGGUAAGCUUGUAGCAGUAUCCACUAUCCAGGAGAUGUUGUUUUGGUGUUGCCAUGCUAUUCCGCAAGGAACCUGAAUCGACCACAGACCAAGAUGUUGUAUUGUCACGGAAAAGAAAAUGUUGUGCCAGGAAUUACAGUGUUUUCUCCGUAAAUAAAAGAUAACUAUAUUGACUUUGGA